AUGCUGGUCCCAAACACUACCGACUUCUGGUGCUUCGUUUUGUGGAGUGGUGAGGUUAUAAACAAUGAUGGAAAGCGAGCAAAACAUAGUAAGGUUUGA